AUGAUUAUCCCUAAUUCAAGUUUAGGGAGCGAGUCUGUUCCAAAGAGGCCGUACGAGCAACUGAAACCCGUAGGACUAGGAUCAAAAUUUUCAAAAGCCCCGUCUGCCAGCGACUACCUCUGUUCCCUUUGCGAGGCGAGUCCUGCCAAAUACACUUGUCCCAAAUGCCUGAAACUCUACUGCUCCUUAGACUGCUAUAAAGGGCCCAAUCACGUCAAAUGCUCCAAACUGUUUCAAGAGUCCAAAGAGCAGCCUGCCGAAAAGAGCAGUAAAGAAGAGCAAGCAAAGAUGCUGAAAAUCCUCGAGGAUUUCAACCUCGCCGAGCCCAAUGGCUGGAAAUACGAGCUCGCUCCCGAGCUCGCCAAAAAACUUAAAAUUAAGAAGGACAAACAGACUCAAGAGCAAGACCCAUAG